UACAAAAGCAGCGUGCGCCGCCGCCACCGGCUAGGAGCUAGCGCGAGGACGGCGGCUGGGACCUUGUGCACGCGGAGCAGCUGGGACCGGAGCGAUGCUGAGGGUGCGGUGUCUGCGCGGCGGUAGCCGAGGCGCCGAGGCGGUGCACUACAUCGGCUCUCGGCUUGGAGGAUCUUUGAUAGGAUGUGUGCAGCGAACUUUCCAGAGCACCCAGGCAGCUACUGCUUCCUCCCAGAAUUCCUGUGCAGCUGAAGACAAGGCCACUGAUCCUCUGCCCAAGGACUGCCCUGUCUCCUCUUACAACGAAUGGGACCCUUUAGAGGAAGUGAUAGUGGGCAGAGCAGAAAAUGCCUGUGUCCCCCCAUUCACGGUGGAGGUGAAGGCUAAUACAUACGAAAAGUACUGGCCGUUUUACCAGAAAAAUGGAGGUCUUUAUUUUCCCAAAGAUCAUUUGAAGAAGGCUGUUGCCGAAGUUGAAGAAAUGUGCAAUAUUUUAACAAUGGAAGGAGUGACCGUGAGGCGGCCUGACCCCAUCGACUGGUCACUGAAGUACAGGACUCCUGAUUUUGAGUCUACAGGUUUAUACAGUGCGAUGCCUCGAGACAUCCUGAUGGUUGUGGGGAAUGAGAUCAUAGAGGCUCCCAUGGCGUGGCGUUCACGCUUCUUUGAGUACCGAGCGUACAGGUCAAUUAUCAAAGACUACUUCCACCGUGGUGCCAAGUGGACAACAGCACCCAAGCCCACAAUGGCUGAUGAGCUCUAUGACCAGGACUACCCCAUCCAUUCUGUGGAAGACAGACACAAAUUGGCCGCUCAGGGGAAGUUCGUGACGACUGAGUUCGAGCCAUGCUUUGACGCCGCUGAUUUCAUCCGAGCUGGAAGAGAUAUUUUUGCACAGAGAAGCCAGGUGACAAACUACCUGGGCAUCAAGUGGAUGCGCAGGCAUCUUGCUCCGGACUACAGAGUACAUAUCAUCUCUUUUAAAGACCCCAAUCCGAUGCACAUCGAUGCCACCUUCAACAUCAUUGGGCCUGGCCUUGUGCUCUCCAACCCUGACCGACCAUGUCAUCAGAUCGAUCUUUUCAAGAAAGCAGGAUGGACCAUAGUUACUCCUCCAACACCAGUCAUCCCCGACGACCAUCCUCUCUGGAUGUCAUCCAAAUGGCUUUCCAUGAAUGUCUUAAUGCUGGAUGAGAAACGAGUGAUGGUGGAUGCCAAUGAAGUCCCAAUUCAGAAGAUGUUUGAGAAGCUGGGUAUCAGUACCAUUAAGGUUAACAUCCGAAAUGCCAACUCCCUGGGAGGAGGCUUCCACUGCUGGACCUGUGACGUCCGGCGUCGAGGCACCCUUCAGUCCUACUUGGACUGAGCAGGCACGGCAUGGCUUGUGGCAUAGCCUCGGAUAUACCUAAGAAUCGUAGCAGCACGGCCCAUUCCCUCGCUUUAAUAAAUGCAUGAACGAUAGUGCGCUUUGAACAAUCACAUCCUUAAUGGGGGUUCCCAAGCCUGGCUUACUUUUCAUUGGCAUAAGGAAGAUAAUUUCUGCUAGGUUUUUGCUUUCUUCUCCUAAAGUUAUUUACUAUUUGGCUUCAAGUAUAAAAGUUGAGUAAAUGUAUACCAAGGCAAAAAAUUAGUCACCUGAGUAACUUGGCCACUAAUAUUUAACCGUCUACCUCUGUUUUUAAUUUUCUUUCCAAAAGGCAGCUUGAAAUGUCAGUCCUAAUCUUAUCUAUUUCCUCUUUGGUGGACUUGUGAAUGUUUGUAGCACUUCUUUUUUUUCCUAAGUGGGACAAAGACUUAGGAAGAAAACCACAGAUCCUAAGUAGUAUCAGACAUUUGUCUCUUUUUCUAAAAAAAACAAA